CAACAAUCCAACAACAAUCACUGCAGACCGGCUGGAUAUAUGGAUCACUCUUCUACUGAGUCCCCGUGUAUGCAGAUGCUGCAUGAGAAACAGCCACAAUGAGCCAAGCACCCGGCACAGCACGGCAACGCUCUCGACGCGCAUGUCUUCCCUGCCACCGGCGGAAGAAGAAAUGUGACGGAAAUCUCCCCUGCAGUACUUGUACAGGAUAUGGCUAUGACUGUCAAUAUAAUGACGAUGUUCGACGCACUGUCCCAAAGCGCAGUGCCGGUUCGGACGCGUCGUCGUCCUUCCAUGCGGCCAAACCGGGCUACGCGUCCAGCGAGUCUCGAAUACGCCCGAGGCAGGGAAUAGCCGCAGCUAACGCAGGAGCCAUUUUUGAGCCGGCUAAACUGAGGUAUAUGAGGAGGCACUCGUGUGUCGCGUUUCCCUUGGUCGUGGGGUUGGAGCUGGAGGCCGCGCAUCCGCCGCGUUUACAUUCAUUUGCGUACCACACGGGCAUCAGAAAAGAGGUGGAUUACGUGGCAAGCUACAUGUUGGUAGAGAAUAUCUCGUGGAGUGAGGUGAAAAAUCUUAUUGAUGCUUAUGCCUCUACUAUUCACCCAGUUUUUGGUUUCUUGGACAUCAGUUCCCUCUACAGGCGAUCCGAGGAACAUUGGAAUGGGAAGCCACAGGGACUCCACUUUGAAUCUGUCAUAAGCGGUGUUAUUGCAUUGGCAUCCCUAUUCUCUGGAUUUCUUAAUGAAGAAACAGAGGCUAGGGUUGUCCAGCAUGCAAAGGAGAUCCUAGAAGUCAGGCGUUAUCCUACAAUUGAACAGAUAUACGCAUCGAUACUACGCACUAUCUAUGUUCGUGCAACCGGUCGACCGCACGUGGCGUGGCUCUGUAGUUGUGUUACAAUGCAUUCUAUUGAAGCUACUGGAUUGCAGCAGUUGGAAGCGACUGUUUUGUCGAACGGCAAACCUCUCCAAAGUUCGAAACAAGCAAUUUCAAAAUCUGAACGACGGACAGCUCAAGUAGUGUAUUGUCUGCAUGUCAUGAUAGCUUACGAAUAUGGAAGGUCUAUCAUGGACAUUUCUUCUUGGCCCGAUGAGCUCGUGGACUUCCCAACUGAAGCGGAAGAUUUUACCCCUGAAUUGUAUCGGCUAAUCAAAUGCAUUCCACCUGAAAAUGCGACCAGUGAUUCGAUUUCAGGUCCGCAGGACUUAGUGCUUGCGUUGAAGAAUGUGACUGCGACACAUGUAAGUCACGACUUCGCGAUAUUGGUCCGAACAGACAUUGCUUUCAGUAUCUACCGUCGGCUUCGACUGCUCGUUCCCAGCUUGCCGCAAGACCAGCUGGACCAGGUAAUCGAUGCAGGCAACUCUGCUCUCCCUGCAGCCCUGAGAUUGGUUAGACAGCACCAACCUUGGUGGAAUGUUAUCGGGUCCGUCUUCCAGUUCGUUUGCGUUCUUCUCGCCGUGGAUACGACGGCUAGCAUUGCGAAGGUACCGGAAUCGAUGGAAACACUAGAAAUUAUCGUGGAAAUAUUGAACACACCUUUCGCCACGGAAGCUCUGAACGUGGUGCGUCAGCUUAUACGAGCUUCAUUGGAUAAGAAACGAAAAAGCGUCUCAAUACUAGAAAGUAUCUCUGAGGUAUCCACUCCUAACGGGGCAGAAUACCAACCAGUGCAAAAUGACGCCCUUUUUGAUCCUUUCUUGCAGGCCACAUUGACUGCGAAUUUUGAUUCCUUGCUUGACAUGGACUUUAUGAUUUGA